GUGAUUAUGACCGCCUGGCCUAUGAGAUCCUCUUCGAAGACCUGGACCGCAAUGGGGAUGGUGUGGUGGACAUCCUGGAGCUCAGGGAUGGGCUGUACAACUGGAAUUCCUCCUUUGGUUCCAACUCCGAGAAGGAUAAUUUCACAUGCUCCGCCUCCCGAGUGCUGGGAUUAAAGGCAUGCGCCACCGCCGCCCAACCUGACUCAGUAGCUUUGGACCUGAGACUGUACAGGAAUCACAGAGCCCAGAGGGCAGCAGAAUGGAAACCGUGGGCUAGUACUGUGUGAUUUUCUGCUUGCUGCUGGGCCUGAAAAGAAAUUUUUCAAACUGCAGAUUCUAAUGCUGAUCAAGCACUGGAUUUUGAAGAAUUUGUGCAGUACCUUCAAGACCACGAGAAGAAAAUGAAACUGGCAUUUAAGAGUCUGGACAAAAAUAAUGAUGGAAUAAUAGAUGCUUCAGAAGUAAUUGAUGCCGUGAAAUCAUUGGGAAUCCACAUUUCUCCCACUCAGGCAAACGACAUCCUGAGAAGCAUGGAUAGCGACGGGUCAAUGACGAUAGACUGGGAUGAAUGGAGAGACUACUUUUUCCUCCACCCUGCAAAAAAUGUCAAAGAAAUUAUUCGUUUCUGGAAGCAUUCUACUAUAGUUGAUAUAGGGGAGAGCAUAAGCAUUCCCGAUGAAUUUACAGAACAGGAGAAGAAGUCCGGGGAAUGGUGGAAACGCUUAGUGGCAGCAGGAAUAGCGAGUGCGAUUGCGCGGACGUGCACGGCGCCUUUGGACCGCUUGAAAGUCCUGAUGCAGGUGCGUCGUUCAAGAAUGAGUAAAAUGAGUUUGGUUGAUGAGUUCAAGCAGAUGAUAAGAGAAGGAGGACCUUUUUCUCUUUGGCGAGGAAAUGGUGUGAAUGUUAUCAAGAUCGCACCAGAGACAGCACUCAAGGUAGCGGCCUAUGAACAGUAUAAGAAAUUUCUUAGUUUUGAUGAAUCUAAUUUAGGAGUUCUUCAAAGAUUUAUAGCUGGUUCCAUGGCUGGUGCAACUUCCCAAACCUGUAUUUAUCCCAUGGAGGUGAUGAAGACCAGGCUGAUUUUAGGUAAAACUGGCCAGUAUUCUGGGAUUAUUGAUUGUGGCAGAAAGCUUCUGAAGACAGAGGGCAUUCGGACCUUCUUCAAAGGCUAUGUUCCCAACAUGAUAGGCAUUGUGCCAUAUGCAGGCCUAGAUCUCGCCACCUUUGAGCAGCUUCUGAAGAACUACUGGCUGGAACACUACUCAGUGAAUUCAGUGAACCCCGGGUUAAUGAUCGUGCUGGGCUGCAGCACACUGUCACACACUUGUGGUCAGUUAGCCAGCUUCCCCCUGAACCUUGUUAGGACUCGCAUGCAGGCAGUUAUCCGGAAAAAUGAAACAAUACCUAUGUUGCAGCUCAUUAAAGAAAUAUACACUAAAGAAGGAAAGAGGGGAUUCUACAGGGGUCUUACCCCUAACGUCAUCAAGCUGCUUCCUGCAGUGGGCAUCGGCUGUGUGGCUCAUGAACUAGUGAAAUUCCUUAUGGGAUUAACCUAGAAGUGGAAUAUCAAACUGCCACCAUUGCCGCAAUCACUAAGGUACAAGAUAAUCUUGGGCUCUCAGAUGAUCUUACUGUUUCCUAAAAGGAAAGAAUUAUCAACUAAUUGUAAAUUACUUUGUUUUUUAUUUAUUAUAAAAUAUACAAAUUAAAAAAAUA